GCAGAAGUCACUGACGAUGAGGGAGCAGCGCAAACACCAAGGUGCAGAGGAUCUAGACCCACUACACACCGGAGGACCACCCGUUCCUGCAGCAAACCGGGUUUGACAUGUUGGAGCGGGAGCUGUCCGGGAUGCGUCAAGUAUUAAUGCCCGUCUUGACUGGGUGUCGAUGUUGCUGCUGCCUCUCAGGCGCAUCCCCUCAAGUCUGCGCACUUAAAAUAGCAUCUGAAUAAGCGCCAGACUACAGACUAGGUUUUUCCUGGUCUGUGGCGGAAUUGUUUUCUGAAACAGCAAAAUAGCACCAGGGAACGUUUGUGCCGGAACGCGCCUCCUCUUUUCGCUGAACCACCCCCCCGGAGCGCAAGUUCAUUCCCUAAUUUAAGGACGUGCAAUGGUCGAGGGAAAAUUCCAAUGUACGUCGAGUGCAAAAUAGGAAUUUUACAAGCGCCAGUGUACAAAGGCAAUUGCGCUGAGUGCAAGAUAGAGCCCACUGUGUUUCAGAUUACUUAUGUUACUCACCAGGCCAUAUUGGAGCUAAUUGUAGCCAGUCAGCUCCUACUCAGUCUCCGAACCUGUCUCGGGUCCCUCACACUCCGAGAAACAAAGUAGCUCCUCUUUGGCGGAGGGCAAUGUGGAGCUAAGUGGUUUUCCCUCCUGUGAAGAUGAUAUUCAGUCUGUGUUUUCUGCUGCUUGUGAAUCAGCUCCGCCAGACAAAACAAUGAUUUUUCAGAACACAAUGAGAACAGGCAAAAGUCACGGUUUGUUUUUCACUACUGUAUUAGCAGGGGACAAAGUCGACAUUCAGGGGAUGCUGGAUAGUGGGUCCAUGGCCACUUCUCUGCGUGCAGAUCUGGUACCUCAAUUGAGAGAGGCAAGAGUUGUGGAUGGCGAUUUAGUAUCUCCUACAGACAUUAUUGGCUAGUGGGUUCUUCCGUUUUUUGGCCAAUUUGGAAAGAUGGAGGGGGGAUGAGAUUCCGGACAAAGUGGGGACAGUUAGGCUAAAGAAAGCAGUAACACUGGAGCCUAUGAGUGAACAUGUUGUGUGGGGCCGUCUUCCCCCAGGGACUAAAUUCUCGGUUGGUAGUACUGUAGUCAUGAAGCCAAGCUUGUCACGUUGCACGCCCCGAAAUAUACUAUUACUAGUAUUACUAGUAGUAGUACUAUUACUGGGUAGUGAAGCAUUUGUGGGGAGAUGGGUGGGUUCCUGUAAAAAUAAUCAACCCAACUGCUUCUAAAAUCAUAUUGCGGAGAAAUGCAGAAGUGGCUGAUGUCUUCCCGUGCAUUGCAUUGGAGGAUUUUGAGGAGGGCACUGAGCAGACAGUUCACCAAAUGGGAGGGAAGGUAAUCAGUGGCAGUAGUCAUGGCAGUUUAACAGCGCAGAGCUCUGUAAGGGGCAGUAGGGUGAAUGGGAGUCCUAAGCUCAGGGAUUUGGGUCUUUAGGAGUUACCAGUGGAUGAUUGUGAGGUUUCUUCAGUCUGGAAAGAGAAAUUGACAGAUUUGAUUGUGAAGUAUGAAAGCGUGUUUUCCAGACACAACUUGGGUUGUGGGGAAGCUACUGGUUUUUGUCAUCGCAUUCGGCUGACCGAUGACCGCCCCUUUUGAUUAUCUUAUUGCAGGCUCUCACCAGUCCACUGCCAGAAGUUGAUAGAGACACUAGACGAAAUGGAGGAGCGGGACAUAAUCAGGAAGUCUAUAAGUGAGUAUGCUUCACCCCUGGUUUUGUGCUUGAAGAAAAAUGGUGACCCGAGACCUUUCAUUUUCGCUGGCUGAAUGCCCGCACGGUCAAAGACGCACACCCUCUGCCUCAUCAGGCGGACGCGGCAAUGGGAGGCAACGCCUUUUCAGUACACUGGACUUGACGUCAGGUUAUUACAACAUGCCUCUCCACGAAGACGAUAAGAAAUAUACCGCUUUUUCAUUACCACUGGGGCUACAUGAGUACAAUCGCAUGCCCCAGGGUCUUUGCAAUAGCCCCACGACUUUUAUGAGGCUGAUGCUGACGAUUAUUGGCGACCACAACUUUCUGUCUCUGCUUUGUUAUCUUGACGAUGUGCUGGUUUUUGGCAGAACAGAAAAGGAAAGCUUAGAGCGGCUAGAACUAGUUUUCAAGCGUUUGAAAGAACAUAAUCUGAAGCUCUCCCCAGCUAAGUGCAAGCUUUUUCAAGUUUUUAAGGCAUGUGGUUUGUCAGGAGGGGAUAGACACUGACAAGGUACAAGUUAUACACCACAUUCCAAAUUAUUAUGCACAUAGGAUUUAAGUGUCAUAAACAUUUAAUUUUUAGUUUUUCAGUUAAACUCAUGGAUGGUAUUGUGUCUCAGGGCUCUUUGGAUCAUUGAAAUCAAUCUCAGACAUCUGUGAUAAUUAGUUUGCCAGGUGAGCCCAAUCAAAGGAAAACUACUUAAGAAGGAUGUUCCACAUUAUUAAGCAGGCCACAGGUUUCAAACAAAAUGGGAAAGAAAAAGGAUCUCUCUGCUGCCGAAAAGCGUGAAAUAGUGCAAUACCUUGGACAAGGUAUGAAAACAUUGGAUAUUUCAAGAAAACUUAAGCGUGAUCAUCAUACUGUGAAGAGAUUUGUGGCUGACGCAGAGCACAGAUGGCUUCGUGCAGAUAAAGGCAUAAUGAGGAAGGUUUCUGGUUUCAAAUCUGUAGGAUUAGGAGAGCAGCUGCUAAAAUGCCAUUGAAAAGCAGCAAACAGGUGCCUCUGGAGUCCCGCAAACCUCAAGGUGUAGGAUCCUCCAGAGGUUUGCAAGUGUGCAUAAACCUAUUAUUUAGCCACCCCUAAACAAUGCUCAAAAGCAGAAACGGUUGCAGUGGGCUCAGAAAUACAUGAAGACUAAUUUUCAAAUCGUGUUGUCUACUGAUGAGUGCCGUGCAACCCUGGAUGGUCCAGAUGGAUGGAGUAGUGGAUGGUUGGUGAAUGGCCACCAUGUCCCAACAAGGCUGCGAUGUCAGCAAGGAGGUGGCGGGAUCAUGUUUUGGGCUGGAAUCAUGGGGAGAGAGCUGGUAGGUCCCUUUAGGGUCCCUGACGGUGUGAAAAUUACCUCUGCAAAGUAUGUAGAGUUUCUGACUGACCACUUUCUUCCAUGGUACAAAAAGAAGAACUGUGCCUUCCGUAGCAAAAUUAUCUUCAUGCAUGACAAUGCACAAUCUCAUGCUGCAAAGAAUACCUCUGUGUCAUUGGCUGCUAUGGGCAUAAAAGGAGAGAAACUUGUGUUGUGGCCCCCAUCUUCCCCUGACCUCAACCCUAUUGAGAACCUUAGGAGCAUCCUGAAGCAAAAGAUCUAUGAGGGUGGGAGGCAGUUCACAUCAAAACAUCAGCUCUGGGAGGCUGUUCUGACAUCCUGCAAAGAUAUUCAAGCAGAAACUCUCCAGCAGCUCACAAAUUCAAUGGAUGCAAGAAUUGUGAAGGUGAUAUCAAAGAAGGGGUCCUAUGCUAACAUGUAUCUUGGCCUGUUAAGAUUUUUUUGAUUGAAAUAGCUUUUGAUUUCUGUAAAUAUGAUCUCAUGAUGCUGCAAAUUCAACAAAUUACCAUUUUAGUUUUCUUUACAACCUUUAAAAUGUUUUGAUCUCUCUUGUGCAUAAUAAUUUGGAACAGUGCAUUUUGAGUUUUUUAUUUUAAAAAAAAAUCUGUUAUCAUUAGAUUUGUUCAAAAAAAUUUGAAUUAUACUCUAACGGUUGAUGACUUAAAAACUUAUACUGACUGUCAUUUGCAUCGACUAUUUAGGAAAAUUUGAGAAAAACAUUUGCAUAAUAAUUUGGAAUGCAGUGUAGUUAGCUUGACUGAGGCUGAUAUUAUGGAGAGUGAUGGGGUCACACACUCCGCUGAUUCGCUUGUUCCUUGGCAUGGUAGUGUAUUACCAACAUUUCAUUGAGAACUGUUCUGUGAUUGCUAAGCCACUCUUCCAACUUACCUCAGGGUGUACACAGCCAUGUGGUGCGCGUGGUAAAAAGUGGCUGAAAGCUGUAUGCAGAUUCGCUUCUAUUGAUUGGACCACGGAGUGUAGACAAGCUUUUGAGACCUUGAAACAGGCUCUUGUUGACCAAGUCUUGCUAGCCCAUCCGGAUUUUGCUAAACCAUUUAUUCUGUCUGUCAAUGCAUCCACCAGUGGAUUGGGGGCCGUACUUUCACAGGUUCAGGAAGGCCAUAAUAUAGCUCAGCCUGUUGCAUUCGCCAGUAAGUCAUGCAAGCAGAAUAUGCAAUCUCAGGAUCCUGUUUUGAGCAGAGUGCGUUUUUUUGUAAACAGAGGCCACCGUCCAUCUCACAAGGAGAGAGUUCAUGAAUCUGGGGAGACUAACAGAACACUGAAGCAGUGUGGAAAACUCCUGAUCCGGCUGGGUGUUCUUUAUCGCGUUUCUAAGCACCCUGUGAGCAAAAAGAACAUUUUCCAGUAUGUUGUCCCACUUGCUUUGAGGAGUCAAGUGAUUAAGGGUGUGCAUGAUGACGCUGGCCACGAGGGGCAACAACUCACUUUAUGGCUCACCAGGCAACGUUUCUACUGGGAUACAACGUCAGAUUACGUUAAUUUGUAUGUCACACAAUGUAAGAGGUGUGUGUUGAGCAAGGCUCCAGAACCAGAAGCCAGAGCUCCACUCAUGUCCAUUGUCACUACUGCACCACUGGAGUUAGUAUGUGUUGAUUUCUGGUCAGCAGAGGAUGCUAAUAACAAGUCAGUUGAUGUUUUAGUAGUUACUGAUAAUUUCACCAGGCUGUCCCUGCUCAAAUCAUACUGCUAAGACAGUUGCUUGUGUGCUGUGGAAUAACUUUGUUUCUGUUUAUGGAUUCCCGGCACGUCUUCAUUCAGAUCAAGGAGCUAAUUUUGAAAGUGCACUCAUAGCCGAGCUCCUACAGUUGGCGGGUGUUGCAAAGUCCCAUACCACACCUUACCACCCUAUGGCUGAGUGCUGUGUUCAAAAGCAAAGUGGCCUCAGAUGUUGAACACACUGACUUUUACAUAUAACUGCACCAUUCAUGAAACCACAGGGUUCCCACCUUUUUUUCUGAUGUUUGGCCACACUCCUCGUUUGCUUGUCGAUGUGAUGUUUGAGAGUGUUCUGUGGGAUGGAGAGACUGUCAAUGUUGACAAGUACGUUCAGUCUCUGGGGAAAGACCUAAGGGAGGCUACAACACUUGCUCAGACAAAUAUUAGCAAACAACAAGCCAAGCAAGCCAAAGUUUAUAACAGAAAGAUGAAGGGCUUCUCUGUUGAAAAGGGUGACAGGGUCCUGUUGGCAAACAAAGGGGAAAGGGGGAAGAAGAAAUUAGCCAACCGAUGGGAAAGUGCAGUGUAUGUGGUUGUAAGUAAGAAUGACGAGCUUCACACAUAUAGCAUUCGGCAUCCUGUUACAGGUCGGAUUAGGACAGUCCACAGGAACCUGAUCAUGCCUGUUCAUUUUCUGCUGCUGCCUUCAUGGGGGGAGUCUGGUCAGGAAGCAGAGUUUUCUGCCCUCAGUACUGAUCUGAGUCAAGAUACUGUGGACAUGUUGGGUCAGAUGGAGCAGAGUGAUACUCGGACCACCUGGGUAUCUGACCUUUCUGAGUCUAGAGCUGAUGAUGAGACCGAUCAGCCUGUCUUUUUGGACAGGUCUGGUGUUCGCAGUGACUUAGAGGAGGGGCAGCAGGUUGAUGGAGAGGAUGUCAGCAGACUUUCUACAUGUGGAACAGAGGUUGAGAAAAGUGCUGAGCUACAAGCUCAUGUGGACACAGAGUCAGUUGAACCAAACUCUGGCAAUUGUCAGCUGUCUGACCAGUCUGUUGAUGCCCACAGUGUUAGGUCUGCUGUUAGCGACUCUAUACACUCAGCCAGGAUUUCAUGUGCGGAAUCGGUAGCUGUGAGCGAGUCCCAGGCCAUGGCCACUGAACAGAAGGGGGUGGUCGUGAGUCUUUCGAGAGGGGGAUUGGGCACCACACUAGGUAGAUUGGUUAGGCCGGUAAAUAGGCUUAUUCAGACUAUGUCCACACAAAGGGUUAAGAUUGUCACUUAAAGUGUCUGGAGGUAACUAUUUUUUUUCUGGUGUAUAGAUUAUUUUGUGGCACUAUGCAAGACAUUUUUUGAUGUGCUACAGUUGUAUUUUGUAUUGGGUGUACUUUACUGGUACUAUGUGUUCCGUAGCCUUGAAAUGUGUAUAUGGCAUAUUUUCCUGGGGUUAGACGUGUUACUGAUCACUUCAUGUUUGCCUUGAUCCUUAGCUUGAUAGUUUUUCAUAACUGGUUAGGCUGGUUUAUGUUUUCGUAGUAAGGGAAAUACAAUUACACACCUGUAGACACUGUAUGUGCAGUUUUCAUUAAUUUUUUUCGUGCCAUCUGCUUUGCCAAGGUGAGUCAUGUUCAUCAUAUAGCGCAAAACAGUUGGGGUGAAUGUAGUGGUGUGAUGUUGUUGCGCCAUAUGAACAAGGCAGUGAAGUGCGAACUUUUAUAUUGAAGGGUAGCAUUUUUGCUGUGAUGUUUUUCUUUAUUCCUUUGAGUUUUGUUACUAUACAUAUGUCAGGGAAAAUGUCGGAUUAUUACCGGAAGUAUAGUGAGUAUUUUAUUUUCUAAACCUGCACUUACCUCGUUGCGUCGGGUUAUACUUCCUCUUUGCUUUGUGACUUUUCCCAGAAAGUUACACAGUUCUGCUGCUCUCCGUAUUGUUUAUGCUAUUGUGCAUAAUACUCCGAUUUGCUUGUUGAUUUUUCCCAGAAAGAGCACAGAGAGCAUGUAUGAGAAAACCUGUGAACACCUGUGAAUGUUUCUUCUCCAUAAUGCAAGUAUAAAGGGGAAUAAAUCGUGUUGAGACCAUUCAGAAGUGUGUCUGAAUUAAUGAUUGUAAAAACUAUUUGGUUCGUGUCUCUCAAAUCUCACAUUAGCUACCUUUCAUGGAAAGAAAAGACAUGAAAGUAUAACAGACAGCAAUUUAAGAGAAACCAUUUAAUCUUUAUUGUUUCAGCAUGAAUUAUAUCAUAUUAUAUGAUUCAACACAGUGAAACACUAAGCAUGCUUUACUCAGCUGCUUCUUUUCUUUUCCCUGUAAAAAACAUA